ACCUCUGUCCCCAGCUCUCUUCCUGCGCAGUUCUCCUCCGCAGCCUCUGCGGGGAAGUGCCGGGGCUGCUCUCGAGGCUCAGUUUUUAGGACUGCGAGGAGGCAGCCCCGGCGUGCGGCAGUGCGCACCAUCUAGAGUGGCCAGGGCGCGGGAGUGCAACGUCCUCCUGGCUCCGAACGCGUCGUCGAGCCCCAGGAGCAGACCCUCGGCCAGCAGUUACCCCCGUCCCGACUUUCAGUUCCAGUUGCAGCUCCUGCCGGGCAACAUGUCAAGAGCCGCCGCCGCUACAGCUGCCGCCGCCACCUGGGGAAGAGCAGCAGCAGCAGCGGCGGCCGCGGGCAUGCGGGGGCUAUAAACCGAGCCGCCCGGGCUUCCAGCGGGCUAGGAAACCCUCUCUGCGCUCACUGCCCGGCGGGACCCACGCCAUGUGCUGAGCCAUGCCCCUGGCCGCGCCCGCGGGCAGCGUAUGGGGCAGCGCCUGAGUGGCAGCCGAUCUUGCCUCGAUGUCCCCGGCCGGCUCCUACCGCAGCCGCCGCCGCCCCCGCCGCCGGUGAGGAGAAAGCUCGCGCUGCUCUUCGCCAUGCUCUGCGUCUGGCUCUAUAUGUUCCUGUACUCGUGCGCCGGCUCCUGCGCCGCAGCGCCAGGGCUACUACUGCUGGGCUCGGGGACCCGCGCCUCACACCCCUCGCCAGCCCUGGCCCCGGCUCCACACGGGACGCCUCCCAGGCUGCCGUUCCGGGCACCGCCAGCCACUCCACUGGCUGCGGGCAAGGAGAUGGCCGAGGGCGCUGCGAGCCCGGAGGAGCGGAGUCCGGAGGUACCGGACUCCCCAAGCCCCAUCUCCAGCUUUUUCAGUGGAUCUGGGAGCAAGCAGCUGCCGCAGGCCAUCAUCAUCGGCGUGAAGAAGGGCGGCACGCGGGCGCUGCUGGAGUUCCUGCGCGUGCACCCCGACGUGCGCGCCGUGGGCGCCGAGCCCCACUUCUUCGAUCGCAGCUACGACAAGGGCCUCGCUUGGUACCGGGACCUGAUGCCCAGAACCCUGGACGGGCAGAUAACCAUGGAGAAGACGCCCAGCUACUUCGUCACGCGGGAGGCUCCCGCGCGCAUCUCGGCCAUGUCCAAGGACACCAAGCUCAUCGUGGUGGUGCGGGACCCGGUGACCAGGGCCAUCUCGGACUACACGCAGACGCUGUCCAAGCGGCCCGACAUCCCCACCUUUGAGAGCUUGACGUUCAAAAACAGGACGACGGGCCUCAUUGACACGUCGUGGAGCGCCAUCCAGAUCGGCAUCUAUGCCAAGCACCUGGAGCACUGGCUGCGCCACUUCCCCAUCCGCCAGAUGCUCUUUGUGAGUGGCGAGCGACUCAUCAGCGACCCGGCCGGCGAGCUGGGCCGCGUGCAGGACUUCCUGGGCCUCAAGAGGAUCAUCACGGACAAGCACUUCUACUUCAACAAGACCAAGGGCUUCCCCUGCCUGAAGAAGGCGGAGGGCAGCAGCCGGCCCCACUGCCUGGGCAAGACCAAGGGCAGGACCCACCCCGAGAUCGACCGUGAGGUGGUGCGCAGGCUGCGCGAGUUCUACCGGCCUUUCAACCUCAAGUUCUACCAGAUGACCGGGCACGACUUCGGCUGGGAUUGAACAGACCCGGGCCUUGUACCUUACCCACGUGGCUUAUAUAUUGACAGAGAUUAUAUGUAUGUAAAAUGUACAGAAAUCUAUUUUAUAAUAAUUUAUUUUUAAUUCAUAAGCAAUUAAUUCACUAAGCUGCCUAGCCACACUCUUCAGAGAGUUAGCUUCAUAAUCUGUUAACAUUCCAAAGUGUUUAACUCUAAUAUUUUGUUCUAUGCUUCACAAUUGAUGGUGCUUCCAUUUUUUUUCCUUCUCCUCUACCUGCUAUAUUUAAAACGAAGAAAAGCACAACUUGACAUUUUUGUUGUUACGGGUAUUCAGCCUUCAGUUGCUGUUUGAGUUCUCCGGUCGCUGCCUCCAUGUCCUGCCUUGGGCCUCCCAUUCUGGCUUCCCUGUCCCUUCCUGCCCGUGUACCUAGUAAGAAGGCUGAGCUGUCUCAACAGGGCUGUAGGGCAGACCUCAUGUAGCAGCCUCCUUCCAGAUGUGGUAUCAGGUCCAGUGAUGUCGCCUGAAAGCCACAGCACUAGGGUUCUGUCCCCACUUCCACUCAGCACAUGGGGGAAUCCCUCACUACCUUUACAGGGACAUCCACAUCCUUUUAGAGUCAGAAUACUAAGGGUCCAUUGGCUUCAGCUUUUAAUUUUGAAGGAUGGCCCUGUAUCCUCCUCUGCCCCAUGCCCUGGUUCAUGAACUGGUUUGAAAUGUAUGCAGAUUGUUGCCCGCUCUUUCCCAGGUCAUGUGUAUGAGAUGCUUGGGUGCUGCCUUAGAAAUCAAGAAGAUCUCCUUUAAUUUCCAUGAGACGGCACCAUGCUGCGUUCUCCAGGCAGACAGUCCUGCUUCGACACACCAAAGAAUCCCAUAGGCUAGCAGAGCCGCUGGCACAAACCGAGGGCACUGGGUGUCGAGACUCAGAGGGGUCAGCUGCGUCCCUCAGCAUCAGUGCCUACCAAGGUGCUGCUAGGUACAGAGCCAGCCAGUGUUGGGUGGUAGGCUCACAGCCUCAAUAGGGAGAAAAGACAAAGGCAGGCAGCCUGGCAGAGGAAGGGAGUCUCACACCUCAGCUUAAUGCGUCUUUGGAAUUCCUAGCUCAUGUCAGAAUGACAUCUCAGAGUGAUAAUAUGGUUGGUAGCCAGUGGCCAAACAGCAAGAACAAAGAGUGGCCCUUGUAAAAACAGGUUGAAAAAGCUGGCCUCAUGUUGCCUGUAAACCCUUGAGCCUGAUGCUUGUACAGCUGUCCCUUGUUUUAGCCAGGUCUUACAGAAGGGUUACCAGCACUGUCAGUGCUAUGCAGAAUGCUCUCCCCAUGCCUCUCUGUUGAUUUAUAACAGUUGGGUUACCAUAUAGCAAUAUAGUGGCAAUUGAGUAGCCAUAUAGUAAUAUAGGGUCAGUUGGUUAAACAUAUAGCAAUAUCACAUAAUGACAUGUCUAAUUUGACCUCAGUUUUUUAAACCAGAAUGCUUCUACUAUCAUCAAAUAAUUGUGAUUUCAGUUAUACUUCCAUGACGGAAUAUAUGGGAAGAUAUACAUAUUGUCAAAACGGUUGGGAUGGGAUAGUUACAAAGGACACUUUUGUAUGUUGUAUGGGAUCACCUGCCUGAUGGUGUAAGAAAUGUAUGAAAAGAGGAAAAGAUCAUUCAUUUUUAGAAACUGAUCAGAGAUGUCACUGGUCUUUGGGUGGUAUCUUGAUAAUCUGGUUUAUAUUUGCCCAAAAGUUUUAGCCUAAAUCUAGCUAGCUUACAAUUAGUAUCCAAACGUCUUUGCUUAGCUUCUGUUUUGGAGGAAGCUCUUCGGGGGAUUGUGGAUUUCUUAAGUUCUCCCUGUUCUCUGAUGUUAUAUCCAUUUCGUAGCUCCAGAAAGUAGUGUGGGACCUGCCCGUAGGAGAACACCAUAAUCAUAGCAUGGCUCUGCCUUGUUGAUAAGUGGGUGUGAAAAACACCUGCAUAAGGAUGCUAAUUGGUUGUGUAUUUUUUUCAUUUAUUUGAAAUCAAACUGAGAACACCUCUUUUCAGUUAACAGCAAAACAUGGCUUGAAGUUAAAGGCAAUAUCCAAGUGCUUCACCUGGUCUUGCCCUGUCCACUUUCUGGCCACUCUGAUAGUCUGAUGUGGUUCUUGAUGUGGAACUGCGGAAUGAUUCAGAGGAUGGAAUAUGACAAAACCAUAGGAAAACAUGCAGGAGGAGCUGUCCUCGCUUCUGGUCCCUGCCCUCUUUCCAAGCUGGACAAUGUUUGAUUAAGUUGUUUAUUCCCUGCCUUAAAAUAAAACUGAAACAGGAAAUUUUCUGGUAGAAGGAGGGUCAUUUAGUCAUGAAUGCUGAAGUGGGUCAAAUCUUUGAAUUCAAACAGAUGUCCAUAAUUAGUACUGAUGGAAUAGUGCAAGUUUUUCUAUGAAAGACAAAUAAAUCAAUGUGCAUCUCUUCAUAAGGGUCCGAUGGCUUAGAGUUCCUGAUGGAUCUGGAUGCAGCAGUUUCUGCCAGAACUUGAACCCCAUCAUGUGAUGGUUAUUACAAAACCCAUAUGUCUUCCCCCUGCAGAAGUUAGAUAACAUGGGAACGUAAGCCUUAGAUUUCUUUCUGUUCUGGCAAUCUGCAAGGCCACCAAACUUAACUAUUUAGCUGCCAGAAGACAAACACCCUUUUCUGUUUUGGCAUUUUGUCCUGGGACAUGUUUUGGGCUUCCUCCAAUUUACAGAAAAAGCUCUGAUAUUUAUUUAUUCAUUGGAUUACUUUUUUUUCCCUCAGUUUUUGGUUUCUUUUCGUAUUUAAAAACAAACAAAAAGGUCAACAAAAAAUAAUUGGGAGGUUUUAAUUGUUUCUAUCUAUUUCAUGCUUUCCUUGCAGUGUUUGAACAUUAGUCUGUUAACUUAGUAGGUGGUACCUGGAAAGGUAUUUUAAGUAUAGUAACUGUUUAAUAAAUGCUUCAUUGGAUGAUGGAGAAGGAGAAAUUGUUUUCUUCCCAGGAUUCUCUUUGGGGAUCAUUUUAAGUGACAGAUACAUUUUAGACAUUCAGAGAAACAGUUUCAGAUCCUGCCAGGAUAUUUUUGCAUAAAAGGAAAAUGGAAGGUUCCAAUAAAUUAGAAACAGUACGUAUCUAAGAUGCUGACACAGAAGCUAAUGUGAUUUUUCUUUUCGGCUAAUCAAGAGGAUGGCCAAUCAAACUUAAAGGUGUGGUUAGAUGUUUUUUCACUUUUGUGACAUUAAUUUAUGACUGAGUUUCAUUCAACCCAGUAAUCUAAAAUACUGUGGAAAUUCUAGCAGUAUGUCUUCUAUAACUUGGAUGUUAGAAUAGCCAAUAUGUACAAAAAAAUUAAAUCAAGUAUUUUGUCCUAUGUAUAACACAAAUUAAUUUUACACAGAGAAAGAUGUUUCUAGGAAAAUGAAAUUCUGGUAAUUCAUACUAUUUCUUUGUAUGAACAAAUAAAAUAUAUUUUGCCAA